ACGACCUUUGACCGGACGCGUCGAGGUUUUGUGCAACUCGCGAGUCGCCACAGUCGCGUCUGCCUUCCAGCCCAGCGUCUCUUGCCCACUAUUCGCAGAAUGGCCCGUGCUACUCGUUCGAGCGGUCAAGCUGACAAGGACAAACUUCAGGAGCCUCCAGCUUCGCCCCGCAAAACAGCCUCAAAAAAGCGGAAGCGCAAUUCUGACAACGAUGACCCCUCCGUCCCAAAGCAACCGCGCAUCGACGGCAGCCCAGAACCAGAAGGCCCCCAGCCAGGCGUUUCAGAGACGUCGUCAACUGGUAGCGGUGAUAAAGCGAUUGAUGCCUCAGAUGCGCAGAAGAUCCUGGACGUUCUUGAAGUUAUCGAUACCCAGGGCCUUCUCGACCGCGUAUUCCCUCUAUCAGCAGAAACACUGGAGUCGGCGUCGACAGAAUCUGCAGCCAGUACAUCCGCAACGUCGCAAACCUAUUCUCUCCGCGCGCUACUGAAGAAUCCCUCUCGCUAUCCUCUGCGCGUUCUCCGCUCCGCCGUGCAGCAUCUCUUCCCCAUAUCCUCGCAUCCCCGCUCGUUACCUUCUUCCACCGUAGCGCAGCAGCUCCGGUUCUGCAACCUUGCGCUUUCGCUCCUCGACUCUGCUUCUAUCCACUCCUUGCCUCAAGUACUUGACGUGGAGAGUAUAUUCCCGACUCUCUUCAGUCCAUCAACAGAUGUUGAUGAACCACAAAGCGCCAAGACCGCCUCGGCAUCGCCUACGCUCGCUCGAAAGCGCAAAUAUGCUCUUGUGCAGCGACUGCCCACGGGUGAUUGGUGGACGUCGUUGAACUCGGAUUUUACACCUGCUUUCGCAGACGACAAAGCGUUGAAGGACUUGCCCGCGGGCUACGCCGAGCUCGCAGCGAUACUUCCUUCAGCCUCGACCUCGACGACGAAGACGGAAAAGACACUCGCAGCAUACGCCCCCAGACGAAGUAACGCAGCAUUGAAUCAGCUGCCUGGGCCGCGCCGUGUCAGCUGCGGGCGAUUCCUUGACUACGGACCAUAUGCGAGCUUCGCUCCAUCCUUCGAUCAGGAUGGUAUGGAAGUCGGACGGGAUGCCCUCGGCGAAGUCAUCUGGCAGCGGGAGGAGAGGACACGUCUGCGCAGUCUGGUCAAGGGCAAGCAAAAGGCUCUUCCGCCAUCCGUGAUCGUGGAGUCGAGCCGCAUUACCGAGGGCCAAAGCGACGAACACAGGACAGAGGAGAAGGAGGAGCUUGAUACAGCGCUGGAGUCAUUGUUACCUCGUGAUGAAGUAGCAGCAAUUAAGUCUGCUUUGGGCAGUUUGGAGUUAGAGGAGGCCGUGCAACAGCUACUGGACAAGAAUGCAAGAGCGUUGCAAAGGCUACACAGGAUGCAAAGGGAGCGACUCGGAAGGGAGAGAGGCGUGUCGAGCACCGUAGAGGAAGGGUCAGAGGAGUGGACGACGGCCCAAGCCAUCAUAGAUUCGUUGACAUUGCUGGCCUCAUUGCGGCCCCGCUCGUCCUCUGACGAUGGGAAAGAGCCCCCGCUCGUUCCGCCUCCGUCUGUCCUGCACGCUCUCCAGCGUACCCUGCCCAUCGGAGCGACCCAGGGCUGGUAUGGGACGCUGCCGGCGGGUCACACCACUGCUCUCAAGGAUGACACAACGGUCAAGCUGAAGCCUGGUGUCACUGUGUCGCCUGCGACAACAGCAACAGCCGCUGCUGCGGCCACUACGUUACCCACGAAAACCUCGACUACGCCGUAUGCAGGGUACAACUAUCCCAACUAUCCGUCGCAAUACCGUGGAGGUUAUGGGACGUACACUCCUGGCCAGGCGAGCGGCUAUUACUCGAACUACCCCACAAUUCAGGGACAGACGGCCCCAAGUACACAUUAUCCGAGCUCCCAGUACAACGCGAGCGGCCAGUACGGAUAUGGCUCAUGGUACAAUUACCAGCAGAACCAGCCUGGCAGCACGACUGGUGGCUCAACGUCAGGCCGCGCCACUCCUCAGCAGGCGGCCUCGCCAACGAACGUGGCCGCCAACUACGCGAGCUUUUUCGCGUCGACAACUCAACAGCAAUCACAGCCGCAGCGUGCUGUGGCUAACACUGUCGCGAGUGUAGCUGCUGGGACGAAGAACUACCAAUCGGGCACGUACGCGGCUGGGCAAAGCGGCUACACUGCGCCAACGUUGCCUGCACAUCUUCGCUCAGGUACGGGGGGUUCGAGCACGCCUAUUAUGCCGCGACCAUCCACGCCUGGGACCGGCAGCGCUACCCCCGCUUAUUCCUCGCAGAGUUACUUUGGAAAUUUACCGGCUACUGCCCAGUCGGCCACGAGAUGAGAUAGGGAUCAAUUGGUUCCUUUACUGUAGUAAUCGACAGUUUUUCAUUUUCUCUAUACUUUGCAAGCACUUGUAGGUAUAAUGUCCCGGGUACCGUAUGGCAAUGUUGAUCUUUGGGACUCGCGAUAGUACAGAUACAUUGAGAUAUCUCGCGCCGUGAACAGUCGACCUGCAUACUCUGUUCGGUGCCGUCUAGGCUCCGCAAUCCACAGAUAGGACCGAAGAGCUGACAACCCAACACCAAGGCCCGCCGCAUCGCAUUGCAGCGAAGCCUCACUCUCACACGUCAAAC